GGGAAAGGGAACGAAAGGGAAGGAACUAUCAUACGGUCACAUAUCUUGAACUCGAGCGGUACAAACGGUGCAAAGUCAAGUGUAGACAAGAUGGCACUAAAUACUCGUAAUUCCCCAUCACUCCUCCUCAAUCACCCACUCGCUCCGAUCGUCCAAUCAACCGCUUUCCACUUCUCUCACGAGUUAAGAGAAAGGGUAGAGAGUAGUUACCGAUAUCCGGUACCUGGUCCACCUCUACUGGUACAAGUCCUGUGUUAUGUGAUUGCGGUAACAGUAAAGCUCGCCUCACAUCAUUAUUUGCUGUGGUCAAUGGGCGGCAAAUGGCAAGUAGAGCAUGACGCCAGGGAAAAAAGGGUAAUUUUCCUUCCUUCCUUCCUUCCUUUCUCCUUUCCUUCUUCCUCCCCUUCCUUUCUCCCUUCCAUCCAUCCUUCGCUCCCGCUUGACGUGACCUGACUGGCUGGGGACUGAUGGACGACAGCUGUUGCUAGAAGUGUGGAAGGAUUUCAGAGAACUUCUGGAAGCCCCGGAAGGAGGCAAAGAAGGGGUGCGAGGGAGGUGUUGGAACUAAGGCAAGCAAGUAAGCUUAUGCACCUUUCCACCAAUCCCACCGCGGCCGCUUCUUCCUCUGGCGAAUGCGAUCGGCAAGAACGAAUUGAGACAGCAGAUCUUUUCUGAUUUAUCCCCAACCAUUUCGAAACCCACCGUAAUUGAUCUGAGAGGGUGAAGGAGAGCAUAAGGUAGAAAGAGAAAAUGAAUGGCAAAAUCAAAGAAUCAAGUGACAGCGCAACUCAAACCAGACGUCCCCGGAAAAAACAUCGUCCGCCGAUACACU